AUGGCGCGGGCAGCGCUUCUGCUCGUGCUCGUGCUGGGCAUGUGCAGCUGCGUGCGCGGCCGCCGCGGCCGCUCCCUCGCUGCAGCGCCAGCGCCGAAGGAGCUGCACAUCGUGCACAUCAACGACGUGCACAACCGAAUCGAGCAGACGUCGACUUCCAGCACAACGUGCUCCGACGCCCAGGCCGCGAGCGGUCUGUGCCUGGGCGGCUGGGGCCGCAUCAGCUCCUAUGUGAACGCAGCCAGGAAAAAGGCGGCGGCUGCCAAGGCCGCAUUCCUGUUCUUGGACGCUGGUGAUCAAUUUGACGGGACCCUGUGGGAUGUGGUGUACAAGGGCGCGGCAACCGCCAAGAUGCAGAACAUCGUCAAGCCCGACGUCAUGGUGCGCUUCGGGGCCUUCAACACGGGUUCCCUCAAGAAUUUGCACACGCACGGCCUCGACUCGGCCGGCCUCGCGGGCAGCGAGUUCACGUUUCCUCCCGACAUCUUGAAGGCCUACAUCGGAAACAUCACAUUCCCCAUGCUUGGCGCCUGCAACACUGACACCAGCGACGAGCCGCUGCUCAAGGGCUUGAUCCAAAAGUGGAAGGUGUGGCAGUUCGGCCCGUACAAAGUGGCCGCAGUUGGCUGGCUGACCCCUGACGCUUCGUUCACGGCGGCCAACAUCGGAAAGGUCAAGGUCACGCCAGUCAACGCAGCGGUCAAACAGUGCAUUGCUGAUCUGAAGAAGGCACACCCUGAUGUCCACUUGAUCAUCGGCAUGUCACACACAGGCUACCACCCAGAUAUUGAGACCGCCAAACAAGUGCCAGAUCUGGAUAUCAUCAUCAGCGGCCACUCCCACACGUUCCUCAGGACCCCCUCCAAGGUCGGGCCCAUCUUUGACAAGACCGUCAACGCCACCGACGAGACCUGCCUGAAAAAGCGGGCCUGCGACGAGCCUGGGGGCCCGUACCCCACUUAUGUUUCCUCCCAAAAGUGCAGCGGCGUGGGCGCAGCCAAGACAUGCACCAACAAGACGAUCCCGGUCGUCCAAGUUUACUACGCAUCAAAGUACAUAGGAGAUGUGACGCUGGACCUCGCCACCAAAAAGGUCACCGCCGCCAAGCCCGUGCUGCUGGGCGGCGACAACUCCACGAGCCCGUGGCCGCAGGAUCCGGUGAUCCUCGCGGAGAUCGAGAAGCUCUCAGGGCCGGUGACGGCCCUGGAGAAGAAGCCCGCAGGCAAGACAUCCGUGGUGAUGAUCGGCGGCCGUCCUGGGCGCGUCGCUGAGACCAACUUUGGCAGUUACCUCGCUGACAUCAUGAAGAACGGCCCCGUCACCAUCGCGCUCAUCAACUCUGGAUCCAUUCGUGCUAACAUCGAGCCUGAGCUGGUGAACUAUGGGGACGUCCUCACAGCCCUGCCCUUCAGGAACCUGCUGGCCGUCAAGCUGUCCCGCUAG